CACUUUGGAAACCAAAGAUCUUAUGCAGGAAAUCUGGUUACAUCAAAUUUUACUUUUGGUACCAGCUCAUCUUCUGCACGAGAAACUCAUUGUCCCCAAGUAAUUAAAACUCCAUUACCUGCUGGAAAUCCUCAGAGAUCAGGUUACAAAAGUUGGACACCACAAAUGGGGCAUUCAGCUACUUCGUCUUCUGUGGUAUCUGCCCAUUCCCCAUCAGUUAUUGUAGCUGUGGUGGAAGGGAGAGGACUUGCCAGAGGUGAGAUAGGAAUGGCAAGCAUUGACUUAAAGUGCCCACAAAUUAUACUCUCCCAGUUUGCAGACAACACCACAUAUACAAAAGUGAUCACUAAACUCAAAAUUUUGUCACCUUUGGAGAUCAUAAUGUCAAACACUGCCUGUGUUGUGGGAAAUUCAACCAAGUUGUUUACUCUUAUUACAGAAAAUUUCAAGAAUGUUAACUUCACUACUAUCCAAAGGAAGUACUUCAAUGAAACAAAAGGAUUGGAGUGCAUUGAACAACUAUGCAUAGCAGAAUUCAGCACUGUUUUAUUGGAAGUUCAAUCCAAGUAUUACUGCCUUGCAGCUCUUGCAGCUUUGUUAAAAUAUGUUGAGUUUGUUCAAAAUUCAGUUUAUGCACCAAAAUCGCUGAAGAUUUGUUUCCAGGGUAGUGAGCAGACAGCCAUGAUAGAUUCAGCAUCAGCCCAAAACCUUGAAUUAUUAAUUAAUAAUCAAGAUAGUAGGAGUAAUCACACUCUCUUUGGUGUUCUAAAUUAUACUAAGACGCCUGGAGGGAGCAGAAGACUUCGUUCUAACAUAUUAGAGCCUCUAGUUGAUAUUGAAACCAUUAACAUGAGGUUAGAUUGUGUUCAAGAACUACUUCAAGAUGAGGAGCUCUUUUUCGGCCUUCAGUCAGUUAUAUCAAGAUUCCUCGAUACAGAGCAGCUUCUUUCUGUUUUAGUUCAAAUUCCAAAGCAAGAUACGGUUAAUGCAGCUGAAUCAAAGAUAACAAAUUUAAUAUACUUAAAACAUACCUUGGAACUUGUGGAUCCUUUAAAGAUUUCUCUGAAGAACUGUACCACACCUUUAUUAAGAGCAUACUAUGGUUCCCUGGAAGACAUGAGGUUUGGAAUCAUACUUGAAAAGAUUAAAACAGUAAUUAAUGAUGAUGCAAGGUACAUGAAAGGAUGCCUAAAUAUGAGAACUCAGAAGUGUUAUGCAGUGAGGUCUAACAUAAAUGAAUUUCUCGACAUAGCUAGAAGGACAUAUACAGAGAUUGUAGACGACAUAGCAGGAAUGAUAUCACAGCUCGCAGAAAAAUACAAUCUUCCUUUAAGGACAAGUUUUAGCUCUGCUCGAGGAUUUUUUAUCCAGAUGACAACAGAUUAUACAGCGCUACCCAGUGACCAGCUUCCUUCUGAAUUCAUCAAGAUUUCUAAAGUGAAGAAUUCUUACAGCUUUACAUCAACGGAUUUAAUUAAAAUGAAUGAAAGAUGCCAAGAGUCUUUGAGAGAAAUUUAUCACAUGACUUAUAUGGUCGUGUGUAAACUGCUCAGUGAGAUAUACGAACACAUCCAUUGCCUGUACAAGCUCGCUGACACUGUGUCCAUGCUGGACAUGCUGCUGUCAUUUGCUCAUGCCUGCACUCUGUCCGACUAUGUCCGACCAGAGUUUACUGAUACUUUAGCAAUCAAACAGGGAUGGCAUCCCAUUCUUGAAAAAAUAUCCGUGGAAAAACCAGUUGCUAACAAUACCUAUAUAACUGAAGGCAGUAACUUUUUGAUCAUAACUGGACCAAAUAUGAGUGGGAAGUCCACAUAUUUAAAGCAGAUUGCUCUUUGUCAAAUUAUGGCUCAGAUUGGAUCCUAUGUUCCAGCAGAAUAUUCUUCCUUUAGAAUUGCUGAACAGAUUUUUACAAGAAUCAGCACUGACGAUGACAUUGAAACAAAUUCAUCAACAUUUAUGAAGGAAAUGAAAGAGAUAGCAUAUAUUCUACAUAAUGCUAAUGGCAAAUCACUCAUAUUAAUUGAUGAACUCGGCAGAGGUACUAAUACAGAGGAAGGCAUUGGCAUUUGUUAUGCUGUUUGCGAAUAUCUGCUGAGCUUAAAGGCAUUUACACUGUUUGCUACACAUUUCCUGGAACUUUGUCAUAUCGAUGUCCUGUAUCCUAAUGUAGAAAAUAUGCAUUUUGAAGUUGAGCAUGUAAAGAAUAUCGCAAGAAAUAAAGAAGCAAUUUUUUAUACCUACAAACUUUCUAAGGGACUUACAGAAGAAAAGAAUUAUGGAUUAAAAGCUGCAGAGGUGUCAUCACUCCCACCGUCAAUUGUCUUGGAUGCCAAAGAAAUCUCAACUCAAAUUACAGGACAAAUUUUGCAAAACCAAAGCAGUACUCCUGAGAUGGAAAGACAGAGAGCCGUGUACCAUCUAGCAGCCAGACUUGUUCAGACAGCUCGAAACUCUCAGUUGGAUCCAGACAGCCUGAGAAUGUAUUUAAGGAAUCUCAAGAAGAAAUAUGAAGAAGAUUUGUCCAGGGUGGAACAAGUUUCAGAAAAGACUGAAGAAUAAGAAUAACUCACAUAUUCUAGUAUUGAAACAAUGUCCUUUAAUGAGAGGAACUUAGGAUUUAUCUCUUGAAAGCAAAAGAAAAUAUUUUCUAAAUUUUAUAUUUCAGUUCAAAA